AUGUUUGCGGGAUCUUUAGUAGUUGUUACAACAAAAUCAACAUCAUCACCUAACAAUAAUUCUUUAUAUGCUACAUUAGAUUCAAAUGGUAAUCCAACUUCGACAACAUCCGGAAGUAGUACACAACAAAAUUUAGCUGCUGCUGCAUUAAAUACUCAAACUAAUCAAUCUGGUAUUUCUGUAGAUAAAUAUAUUGAUAGUGAUCCAAAUGUUCAAGCUCAUGAUCAUACUCAAUUACCAAGCAAUUAUAUACAACUGCAUCAAAAUUGUUUUAGGCAAUGA